AUGUCGACUUCAACCUCGACCGCGAAUUCAAAGGGGAGCACCACCCCGACUGUGACUGCUGACAAGUCUCUCGUCGACACAAAGGCACACAGCACCCCUGCCACAUCCGAAGAUGAGGAUGAGGACACGGAUUCCGGCUCGGAGACCGGGCCUGUCCUAUCAGCCUACCUCAUCGAAAGCGACGACGACGAAGACGACGGUCACAGAUACCCUGUCAUCAACGACACGAUCCGUGCAAUCACGGCGUUCAAAAACACCGACCUAUCCAAGUACCCGAUCGACAUUAAGAUCCAGCCCCUCCGGGACGAACCCUACGGCUACGGAGAACACGAGCAAUUCGACACCUGGAAAGCGGGUAUUGAGGUCAUUCUCCGACUAUACCAGGUUUGGCCGGUGGUUGACUUUGAAGCCGAACGGCUUCCCAAGAAGGGACAGGCCUGCGUUCACAUUCGGGACUGCUAUCCUCGCCUCCCUCAAUGGCGGGUGCAUGAGGACCGCAUGCUCAAUGUGGCCGUCGCUCUGAUCUAUGCGAAUCUUGACGAGCAGGUCCGCGCUAACGACGAUGUCAUCCAGGACCUUGAGUAUCAUGAUCCUCGAAUUUUGAUGAGUCUUCUUGUUGUCAUAUACGGGCCCGAUCAUGAUGACACUGACGAUGACGCUGGAGAUGACACUGAAAAUGCAGUGAAGACUGACUCCAAGUGA